AUGUUGAUAAGUGUGAUCAACAGAAUCGAGGAGAAGAAGAAGAAGAAGAAGAAGAAGAAGAUGAUGUUAUUCACAAUAUUUGGCCUUCUUUUGGGGCUUACCACUAGUAAUUCUUUAGUGGAUGCAGUUUCAUAUGUUGUUCAAGAAACUGCCCCUCAAGAUGCUGCACCUCCAAUACUUUCGCCAUUUGUGAGCUUUUCUAUUGAGUUUGUUUACUUCCCAGACUACGCAGGAAACAAGACAAACCCCAAUGCUUUCUCCAACCAACUUCUAGAGAACCUAGGGGAGAUUCAGGGAUUAAGACCGCAUAUUCGAGUCGGAGGAAACACUCAAGACUAUGCUCUAUUCAAUUCAUCAUUGAAGACAUCCGUUAAUGGCACUUACAUAACCUCCAAGUCAACGGACUAUCCAUAUAUCAUUUACAUUGGCCCUUCGUAUUUUGAGUCAUAUUUGAUGUGGCCGAAUACGAAGUUUUCUCAUGGCUUCAAUCUUGCAAAGAACAGUUCACAUGAUAUUCAACUUCUACUCGAAAGUGUACCUUUUGCCUGUCAGGCUCUGAGCCAUGAUAACCUUCUGGUUUGGGAGCUAGGCAAUGAGCCGGAUGAUUACAAAAAUGCUAUACAAGGCGCAUUGAGGCCUUCUAACUGGACAGAAAGUGAUUACGUUCAUGAGUGGCUUAGCCGCACAGCCGCCCUGAAAAAACAAAUGGAUAUUCAUUGUCCACAUCUGGCUGAUGUGAAAUACAUGGCGCCUUCAUUUGGCGGGAUAGAUGGCAGCCUGGCAGCUCUUACUACAUGGCAGAAUGGAUUGAAUGAUGCGGGAAAUAUUGCAUUCAAUACUGAGCAUAAUUAUAUGGGAGGGGCCGAUGAGCCAGGAGUCACGCUUCAGAAGACAUUGAUGAAUCAUACUGCGGUGAUUCAAAAUGCGGCACAACAUGUGGAUUUCAUGAAUGCCUUGAAAUCAGAUAAUCUCGCGCCGGACAUCCCGUAUAUUUUGGGAGAAACGAAUUCUCUCUAUAGUGAAGGCCGAGCAGGACUGUCUAAUUCAUUUGGAGCAGCUUUAUGGGGUGUGGAUUGGAACCUCUACUGUGCUUCUCAAGGCAUUCGACGAAUCUACAUGCACCAAGGGACGGACUAUCGAUAUGCAGCAUGGCAGCCAAUCUCGACCAACAAAACAACUAUCGGGACUAAAGCACCCUACUAUGGUAAUGCGAUGGUUGCUGCCAUGACUCAAGGUGGAGAUGACGUGACAAUCGUCAAUAUUCCUUUGGAGCAGGACACUGAAUCUGCUUAUGCGGCCUAUGUUGAUGGGAAAGUGACACGCAUUGCCGUAAUAAACAUGGUGGAGUUCAAUUAUACUUCUAUCGAGUCUAAUAGCUCGAGUAGCCGCCCGAAGGCUCAAUAUUCCUUCAAAUUGCCUGCUUCAUUCAAGUCUCAUCAAAUAUCUGUGCAACGCAUGAUGGCAAAUGGAAGUGACGCCGUGACAGGCGUUACAUGGGGUGGAUUCUCAUAUAAUUACGAGUUAGAAAAUGGAAGCCCAGUACGCAUGAAAAAUGUGACAAAUCAUGAGACCGUCCAAGUUGAUCAGGAUGGGAUGUUGAUGAUCGAUGUACCUUAUUCAAGUGCUGCCCUUGUGAAUUUGCAGUAG